CCGAGCGGAGAGGGUUAUCAUUCAACAUGGAAGAAGUCCAGUUCCUUGGAGAAAAAACAUUUCAGCAUUAUUGUGCAGAAUUCAUAAAACAUUCACAGCAGAUAGGUGAUGGUUGGGAAUGGAAAACUUCAAAGGACUGUUCUGAUGGCUACAUGUGUAAGACGCAUUUUCACCUUAAAAACAGGACUGUGGAGUCGCAUGCAGACACAGCUGCCCAAGUACAAACGUGCCUUCCUACCGAGGAGGAUUUAGAGCUCCCCCCUGAUGAUUCUGAAGUGACCGAGUCUGCAGUGGAGUGGGACACGAUUAAAUAUGAGUAUCAUGUCUUGUAUUCCUGUAGCUACCAAGUGCCUGUGCUUUACUUCAGGGCAAGCUUUUUAGAUGGAAGACCUUUAACUCUGAAGGAUGUGUGGGAAGAAGUCCAUGAGUGCUACAAGACACGGCUUCUGCAAGGGCCCUGGGACACCAUUAGCCAACAGGAACAUCCACUACUUGGGCAGCCUUUUUUUGUACUUCAUCCCUGCAAGACAAAUGAAUUCAUGAUUCCUGUAUUAAAGAAUUCUCAAAAAAUCAAUAGGAAUUUCAACUACAUCACUUCAUGGCUCAGCAUUGUAGGACCAGUUGUUGGGCUGAACCUACCUCUGAGUUACGCUGAAGCCAUGUCUCAGGAUCAGUGGAAUGCUGAUUGACAAGAUACUUCUGUCGAAGCCAAAGUGUUUAGGAAUGGUGUUAGGCAGUACGCCUUGAGUUUACCUGCACCAGCACCAGCAUUCAUAGGACCAAUACCAUGCACUAGAGCAUCUCUUUAAGAUUUUGACAUUGAUUUCCGCUCCCCUCUGGGACCAAAUACCUGAUGGCAAUUGAGAUACUGACUGCUUACAGGAAGCACCUCAAAUCUCUGUUAAGUAGCAAAAAGACUAACGCAGUGAUGCCAGGAAUGCUGACAGCAUUGGGGCAUUAUCAAGCCCCACACUGCCCAUCCCUUCUCAUAUUGGGAUGAAUGGAGAAAUGGAUUUGUAAGUUCAUUUUAUUGUUGUGUAAAAGGAAAUCAAAAUACAAGAUUCAGAUGUUCCUGAAAACUAAUGUUUUAAGCAUGGAGUAUCUUAAAAUUCUUUUCUUUUUUUUUCUCCAUUUCCAACAUUGUUUUCUUAGAGUCAAACAUAGGACCAAUAGAUAACAUUGUAUCUUUCUAUUCCUAAAGGCACGGAGUGUGUUUGUGUGUGUGUAUUUAGACAUAAUAAAAAAGAAAACAAUAUUCUAU